AUGUCUACCUUCGCCGUUCUUCUCUUCUGCGCCCAAGCUUGCUUGGUACAGAAUGUGUACAGCCAUUGCCAUCGUAGUCCAAUAGCACCCAUUGCUGCCUCUGCCUGUGGGUCGGAAGGUAGACUGACCUCUUCAACUUCACUGGGUUAUGGUGGUAUCGCUGCACCUCUUUCUCUUGCCUCUCCACUUGGAGCUUCUUCAGCUGCUGCCUACGGUGGUACUGGCGUUGGUGAAAUAGCCGUUGGUGGAGAGAUGGGUGUGAUUGGUACUACUCUGGUUGCUGGUCAAGUGCCUGUCCUCGGAGCUGUAGAAUUUGGAGGUCUCUUGCCAGCAACUGGUGGUGUCUCCAUCUCUGGUAGCUGCGGCUGUGGAUGCAACGGUGCUUAUGCCUUCUAA